AUGAAACGAGGUUCUUUACGCUGUGAGCUCGACUCGGCUACACCGAGCGGCCUCCAGCAGGCUGCCAUCGGCGGGACGGGCGGGGAGCGGGUCCGCCCUGCCGGCAGUCUCCGGUACGCUGUCCCGGCGGCAGGAGCCCGCCCACACCCGGGCACCGCCGACCGAGCCGGAGCACCGCGAGCCGCGCCAGCAGCGCCGCGACACCGCCCAGGCCGCGCCGGGCCUGCCGCGCCCCCAUUGGCCGCGCCGCGCGCGCCGCCCGCCCUCAUUGGCUGCGCCACGCUCCGUCCGCUGCUGAAGGGCCUUCGACAGCUCCCCGCCGCGCGCCGCCGAGCCACGCCUCCGGCCCGCCCCCAGGCCCGACCAAUGACCUCACGACAGGCGAAGCGCACCCCCGCAGAUCGCCCAUUGGCCGAGGCACCAGCUUGUAAUGGUGGCGGUACCGCCCCUCCAGCAGAGGGAGAGCCCCCCGGGGAUUCACUGAGCACAAGAUGGCGGCGCUGGCCGCUCGCCAGAGCCCAGGCGGGGCUGCUGCCGCCGCCAUUAGGCCCCUUCCCCUCCCCUCCGGUCCAGCCUUGUGUCCGCCUAGAGGAGGCCCAGACAUGGCAGUGAGGAAGCGGCCGACUCCAUCUUCUGUCUCUCUGUGUGUCCCGCGCUCGUCAUCGCCGCGAACAUCGCCCUACACCCCUUGGACAGCAGACUUUGCUCACCGCGAC